AUGGCACCAUAUCGGAUGGCACCAGCAGAGUUGGCUGAGUUGAAAAAGCAAAUAGAAGACUUGCUUGAGAAGAAGUUCAUCCGACCAUGUGCAUCACCUUGGGGAGCACCUGUACUCUUGCUGAGGGGAGCCGUAGUGUUCUCUAAGAUUGACUUGAAGUCUGGAUAUCAUCAGAUUUUGGUCAAGCUGGAGGAUGUGCAGAAGAUGGCUUUCAGUCAGGAGGAGCAUGCAAAGCAUCUAAGAGUGGUGUUGGGAAUUCUCAAAGAGCAUCAACUAGAUGAGAAGUUAUCAAAAUGCGAGUUCUGGCUGAAGAACGUGCAAUUCUUGGGGCAUGUGAUAUCGGCCCAAGGGAUAGUUGUAGAUCUGGGUAAGAUUGAGAUAGUGGUGAAGUGGGAGAGGCCACAAAAAAUUACUGAAGUGUGGAGCUUUCUAGGUUUAGCAGGAUACUACAGGGGAUUCGUGGAGGGUUUCUCCAAGAUGGUGAGUCCACUGACACAGCUCACCAAAAAGGACCAGCCUUUCUCGUGGACAGAUGAGUGUGAGGCCUGCUUUGAGGAUAUGAAAAGGAGAUUGACUACCGCACCAGUGUUGGCUAUUCCUAAUAUCGUGAAAAUGUUUGAGGUGUACUGUGAUGCCCCAUAUCAGGGACUUGGUUGUGUGCUGAUGCAAGAUAAAUGA